AUGGCGCAACCACAGCAUCAGAUGCCCCCGCGGCCUUUCUCGCCGGCGCAGCAAUCGCCGUCCCCGAGCCCGAGCGCGCCGGUUUACCAGUCUUCGAUACAGCCUCCCGCAAAUAAGAGGCCCCGUAUCUCACCAGGGCCUCAGUCGCAGCCGCCGUCGCCAUAUCCGUACGCGGCAAGCCCUGGCGUCACAACACCUUCCAGCGUCGCCUCACCAACUCAUACCCCUCUCCCCGUCCCUCCUCCCAACCCGCAGCAGAGCUAUGGCUCACCUUACCCGAAUGGUGCCGUACCUUCUACUCCAGCCCUCCACCUGCCGACACCACAGCCGACUGCGCUGCAGCCCAUGCAAACGCCUCCGAUCCACACUCCCCAGACACCCUCUUCCCCGUACGGGCAACCGCCAUACUCGCAAGCGACGCUAGCCCCGAUGCCAACACAGGUCACUCCGGGGACGAUGGGACCUCCUUCCAAACCACCAGAGAAGCAGACAAAGGAAUACCAGUACGAGUUCGACGAUUCGUUAGCUGGAACGGGUAUCGACCUGCGGCAAGAGGAGCAGCUCCAGCAGGAUUAUUUUGCGGGCACAUACAGGAGCGAGGCGAAGACUGGCUUUCCAGCAAACCCUCCUGGUAGCAAAGCCUCCUUCUACGGUGCUGGACUUGUGAACCAGCCGGCUCAGCCACCAGAGGCAGAGCAACAAGAUACCCUGCACCUGCAGACUGCUAAGCGCGCGUGGAACGAUUCUGCUAAAGCUCUAGCAGCUGCUCGCAGCCAGGAGGUCCGCAACCCAUUCCUAACGAUACCCAUACUGCACGCGCGAGCAAGCAAAAUCGCCAAUGAUUAUGGACUUGUCCUGAAUCUGGACCCGAAAACGGGCGGUCCUGGAAAACUCCGUGCCGAUUCCGAGUUUCCGAAACCUCAGGUCACCGUCAAGACGAAGAUUGGCCCUGACGGUGCCCUCGUGUCCACUUCGAGCUCAUUCAUCCCCGAGGACAGCUAUCUGGUUGAUCAAUUUGCUUUGGUUUCCAUUUCUGCCAAGCACCGCCUCCGUGAGCUCCUGAGUGAAGCGAAUCGACUUGCAGUCACGAGACAGCACACGUCACACGGUGAGGUGCCAGCUGAAUGGGCCGAUGCAGCCGCUCCCCUCGUGAAUCCUGGCCAAACGAUACCGAGGAAGCGCUCUUUCGAUGCCCAGGCAUCGGAUGCCGCGGAGACUGGUCGCAUUUCCAAAGUGAAUCAGAUAACCCAGUCCCUUCGAGACAUUAGCAGAGCCGAAAGGGAUUUGGAGGAGCAGAGGCUCCGUAGACGGCAGCAGCGGGAGGCCAAGAAGACGGACCCGACUGCCUCUUCCCCCGCUUCCGCGGCCCCCGGUACCCCUGGAUCAACGGCAGGACAGCAUGAGAAAGCACCGACCAAGAAAGAGUUGAAGAACAAGACUGCGGCGGCCAAGGCUGCAGAGGCAAACAAUACGGCGAGUGCAAACCUAACGACUAGCCUGUUCUUGGGGGGUCGCAAGAAGAAAAACUACUCUUGGAUGACUGCGGGCAGCGGAGCGAGUACACCAACAAAGUCUGGAGCCUCCCAGGGCCUUCCUGGGGCCGCUGGAGGAGCGCUAGGAUCUGCGAACGCUGCUCUGACCAGUGAGGGCAGAACGAAGUUAGGCGUGUGGAGAGAAGACGGCGAGAAAGGGAAGAACAUUCACCUGCGAGAUUGGGUUUUCACGCUCGAAGCAGACGGCAGGUGUGAGAAGACCUUGCAACAGGCCUACGAUCGGCUUGAUGCGUCGCAGCCUAGCAGCGUCUCGGAGGAUCGGGGUACCCAGAUGGAUGCUCUAGGGUCAAGCAAGUGCUUGCGAAGAGCUGCCUUCCUUCAUUUUACUCAUCGAGAGACUCUAUGCACGCAUCGCUUCAGUCGCGAUGUACAUGUUGGUCCUGACUCAGCACAGAUCCUCUUCCUCCCCGAAGCAGCAGACUACAUCGCCACAUCGCCCGAGGAGUCCCUCGCGCUCGCCCAGCCCGUCGCGCAGUCCCCCUUUGUGGCGGGCCUCCAGGCCGCAGCGCGCGAGCACAGCCUCGCCGUCACCGUCGGCAUCCACGUCCCCGUGCAGGUGCAGGUGCCGGAGCAGCAUCAGCAGCAGCAGGCAGACCCGUCCACCACCACCACCGAGAGGAAGCUCCUGAACCGCACAAUCUACAUCCGGCCCGACGGCACCCUCGACGACGCCGCCUCGUACGACAAGCUGCACCUCUUCGACUACGGCAGCCUGCGCGAGUCGCGCCACACCCGGGCCGGCGCCGCGCUGACCCCGCCCUUCGACACGCCCGCGGGCCGCCUCGGCCCGCUCGUCUGCUUCGACCUGCGCUUCCCGGAGCCCUCGCUCGCGCUGGCGCAGCCGGGAGCCCGGAGCAGCUGGCGGGGCCGGCCGGCCCAGGUCCUGGCGUACCCGUCCGCCUUCACGGUGGCGACGGGCCGGGCGCACUGGGAGGUGCUGCUGCGGGCGCGGGCCGUCGAGGCGCAGUGCUACGUCGUGGCGGCGGCGCAGGUCGGGCGGCACCACGCCUCCUCCUCCUCCUCCGGGGUAGGGGGAGGCGGCCCCGGGGGCAGGGUCAGCUACGGGUGCAGCAUGGCGGUGGACCCCUGGGGCAGGGUCCUGUGCCGGCUGGGAGGGGUGACGGAGGACGGGGAGGAGGCCGAGGCGGGCGCCGUGGAGGCGCUGGGCCUCGUCGACAUCGACCUGGAGGAGUGGGUUAGGGUCCGGGAGAGGAUGCCGCUUGUGCGCCGGACGUGA